AUGGCUCGAAGAGGCCCUGCGAGGAUGAAAUCGGUCGCAUCCGGCCAGCGGUACAAGUCGAAGCAUACUUCUCCCACGAGCACAGGGAUUCACAUCAAUACUGGGUCAUCUACAACCGAGCAGCAACUUGUAAAUGUUGAGGCCGCAUACUCGGCACCACCUGGUUCGCUUCGAAGCGUGCGUAUAUCUCAAUGGCCAUUCAGCUUGGAUUCAACAGAGUCGAUGCUGCUUGACCACUACAUUCAGAGAUUCUCAAGAACGUACCCAGCGUUUUCCGGGCCGACAAACCCGUUCUUAAGGGUCAUUCUUCCGCUGUCUCUACAGAGCAGAGUUGUCUUAGACUCGCUACUAGCCUUGGGUGGCGUUCAAAGCUGGUCAAACGGGCGAUUUACAUUCGAGCACGCAAUGCUCAAGUUGCGACAAAAGGCGCUGGAAGGAUGUCGCUGCCUGAUCAGCGAGCUCUAUACACCUGUCUUGGAGACUAAUGGCGAAAUCGCACAAUCCAAACAACUAGCAUUAACCAAGUUAGUGGAACCUCAAGGCAAGGAGCCGAAGAUUUUGUACCUACUAGCAAGUUGCGUCCUGAUAUUACUGUACGAAAAGCUCGCGGGAGAACAAGUGGAAAACGGAACCACACACCUACAAUUCCUAUCACAUGUUCUUCCCGCAAAUAUCCUAUCGCAGGUAAUAAGCACCGCCGCCCAAGCUGAGAUGCCGUCCACCUCAGAAGGGGAAGCAUUUCAAUUCAUCGCGAAUCUCUUCUUAUACAACGACUUUGUCCGGUCUACUUCUCUCCGAACCCUAAGCUUCUCCGACUUUUAUCUCUGCACAGCAUUCCAGGAGCAUGGGUUUUCGAUCAACGAAAGCGACUUCCAAGGAUUGCAAAGCCAGUACGGGGGAAGGUUUACAUUUCCGGGACUAAUUUCACGUUUAUCAGCGGGCGAUUCAAGUGUUACAGAUGCAGAUAUUGCAGGAUGGGAUGGAGAUCUCGGCUGGCUUCCGAGCUUCUCCCUUAUGCCACCUUUACUGCAGGAAAUGUACGAACGGCUCCCCAUCACAGACGGGAGUAUAGUUUUCGAUUCAAGUUUCCGCCAUUUGGGAAGCCUUCUAAGCCCAUAUGAAUGGAAAGAAGAGCGAAUUAUUUCAGAAGUAUACCGCAUCACGGGCAUCAUAUACCGACGACAGUGCCUUGCGCGACUCGCAGGGCAAUCAGACACGGAGAUACGAGGUCCAAAUGGUGGAAAUGGACGGCAUGUGCAAACGGGCAAUUUGCCUUCGUGGGCCGUACAGCUAAUUCACACGUUGCCGGAUAAAUCGUCGCUCGAGAAUACGCUGCUGUGGCCGAUUGGCAUCAUUGGAAAGGAGCUUGGCGCGGAUCAUGAGAUAGAGAGGGGUGUUAUCUUAAGACGACUGGAGGCGUUGGAGGAAAGGUUUCAUAUGAAGCACUUUGGGAAGGUGAAGGAGCACUUGAAAGUGUAUUGGGAGAACAGCGAAGGGCGAGAGUAUGAAGACGGGGCAAUUUUGUUUGGAUAG